AUGGUUGCGUAUCAGGACCACAAUGGCACCAUGCACCUGCUUCUAGCCAACGGGGAUACCAGCGCCCCGGCCUGGGCUGCUUCGAUCAUGCCAUUCGAUGACUAUCUACCAGCAUGGAACACCCCCAUGGCGCUGACACCUGUGUAUCAACGAGGUGAUCCCAGCUUGAGUCUUUUCUACUACAACGAAUUUGGUUAUUUGAGACAAGUUUCGAUCCACAGCGCAACAGAUGUUACCCAAGUCUAUGGUGUCGCAGAAACAGGCUCAUCGAUGCGAUUCUACGAGGCCACACCAUAUACUGUCCUCGCUGCCUUCACAGCGGGCUGGAAUGAUACAUCUGACGAUCUUAAAAUUCAGGUGCUAGGCCUAGAUGGCCUGCUGUACAACUACUCUUACCAAAAUGCCUGGCUGAUGGCAUAUCAGUACGGACAGUGGGCGGCCAAAGAAUAUGUACCCACCAUGGUGAACAACAGGAAUCCGAUGGCUUUGACUGCCAACCAAGCUGGCAGAGUGUACGGCACGAUUGUGCAGAACACGUCUGUUCUGAUCUAUGAGUGGAUGUGGGAGGGAGGCAACAGUUACAAGCCAAUAGGCGUGGUGAACACAACAUUGCCGUCGGGUUAGGCACGGAACUAUCACCAAAGGAAGGAAGGAUAUAUUAUUGUAUUAGCGCGCGACAAUUGAUUUUGUACAUUUCUC